AUGCCGGAAACUGAUCAAGCGAUAGCUCUUCUCCUCGCCUAUGGGGCAUCAACCGCAACUACCCUUCUUCCCGUUCUCAAUGCUGUCUUGACGGACCCAUACUCGAAGCCUCCUCUGAGCACUACAGAGCUGGGUAUGCUCCUCAGCAGCUACGUCCCUUUCUUGGUCAUUCCCCUGGCAAUGGCUGUGGAUAUGGGCGCACGCCUCUGCAACAUUGUCAGCCGCGUCCAGGCCGCUGACGCCCGCAAGAAGACCCUAUAA